CUCCACUUUCCUGUUUUAACUCAUAUAUUAGUGGCUCCUCCAUUAUUUUACAGGGUUCGUGUGUUUCCAUCAUAGAACACUGUAUAGGCGGAACCUUCGGACCCGGAACAGUUCCACCCGGGCCGCAUUAGGGUGUCGGUUUCCUCCUCAGACCAAACACGGACCAGUGUUGUUAAAUUGGACAAAAACUAAAUCUGGAGACUUUUCAAAUCGUCUUGGCGACUUUUUUUUGUCUUUUUCGUAAGAGACUAGUGACAAAUGUGUGUCCUUUUUCUGCUUCUACUGCAGACUUUGAUGGGAUUUGGAGACUGGGACGUGAAAGCACGGAUCGUCCUGCACAAAAGAAGCCGAAGGUGGAUUUGAACUGAAACCUAAAAGUUAUAUCUGGAAGAAGACCUGCAAACAUGGAUGGAAGACCCACCUGUGACCAGUGUGGGAAGACUUUCACCACAAUGAAUGGGCUGAAGAGACACCAACACGUCCACACUGGAGAAAGACCAUAUGAGUGUGACCAGUGUGGGAAGACUUUCAUCUCAGCAAGUAACUUAAAAAGACACCAACACAUCCACAUUGGAGAAAGACCAUAUGACUGUGACCAGUGUGGGAAGACUUUCACCAGAAUGAGUGUGCUAAAGAAACACUUACGCAUCCACACUGGAGAACAACCAUAUGACUGUGACCAGUGCAGGAAGACUUUCAUCUCAGCAAGUGACUUAAAAAGACACCAACACAUUCACACUGGAGAAAGACCAUGUGGUUGUGAUCAGUGCGGGAAGACUUUCGUCUCAGCAAGUGACUUAAAAAGACACCAGCACAUCCACACUGGAGAAAGACCAUAUGACUGUGACCAGUGUGGAAUGACUUUCACCAGAAUGAGUGUGCUGAAGAAACACUUACGCAUACACACUGGAGAAAGACCAUAUAACUGUGCCCUGUGUGGGAAAGCUUUCACCAGAAUGAGUGGGCUAAAGGAACACCUACGCAUCCACACUGGAGAAAGACCGUAUGACUGUGACCAGUGUGGGAAGACUUUCAUCUCAGCAAGUAACUUAAGAAAGCACCAACAUAUCCAUACUGGAGAAAGACUGUGUCACUGUGACCAGUGUGGGAAGGCUUUCACCAGAAUGAAUUGGCUGAAGGAGCACCUACGCAUCCACACUGGAGAAAGACCAUAUGAGUGUGACCAGUGUGGGAAGACUUUCACCAGAAUGAGUGGGCUCAAGGAACACCUACGCAUCCACACUGGAGAAAGACCAUAUGAUUGUGACCAGUGUGGGAAAACUUUCAUCUCAGAAAGUGACUUAAAAAGGCACCAACAUAUCCACACUGGAGAAAGACCAUAUGGUUGUGACCAGUGUGGGCAGACUUUCAUCUCAGCAAGUGACUUUAAAAGGCACCAACGUAUCCACACUGGAGAAAGACCAUAUAGUUGUGACCAGUGUGGGAAGACUUUUAUCUCAGCAAGUGACUUAAGAAAGCACCAACACAUCCACACUGGAGAAAGACCAUAUGUCUGUGACCAGUGUGGGCAGACUUUCAGAUUGUUGUCUACUUUACGUCGUCACGGCCGUGUUCACCACAAGAACUUGAUGUACCCCUGUGAUAGGUGCACUAAGAUAUUCUGGUCAUCUUCCUCUUACAGGUAUCACCAACGGACCCAUAUUGGAUCCCAAUCAGUGUAGAUUUGGUGACAGAUCUCUUAUCACAGGUUCACAAUGUACCAAACAUGAAGGUAUCAAACAUUUCCACAAAAGACACAACCUUAAUAGUUGUACCAAAACUAAGACUCUAGACAAUCAGUGUCAUAACACACCAAAACAGUUGGAGUGUUAGCAAUGUCCAAACAGAUUGUGGUCAUCCUCUGCUCUCUCCCAUCAUCAGCGCAGAUGUGAAUCAUCAACGUCUGGACCAAUCAGUACCUCAGCAUCAAAUGGAAAGAAGAAAACACUGUGUGUGAACCAGCAGCACCAACUUCUUCUGACAAAAACAUCAGACUUCAAAACCUCUAGAUCAGGCUUCACAGGAUCCAGAUGUGAAGACAAACACCAGACUAAAAGUUGUGUUUUGUUGUUUUCGGAGUGAAGAAGUGUGUUCUAAUGCACCAUCUUCCCAAAGAGUGACAUUACAGAAGCUCCACCUACCACCAAGUGAAAAGUUCAACUAAUGGAGGUCAAUAAGGACCUGGUUUCUAUUCAGAUACUACUUCUGAUUGACUUUGUG